CGACAACAAACAUGCUCGCGGCAUGCAACUCGAGCAUCAAUUUCGUACCACCGUCAAAGGAUCUACACCCAUGGCCACGUAUUGCCAAGAGCUAAGGAAUAUUGCGGAUUGGUUGGACGAUGUAGAUGCUCCUGUAUCCGAACACCACUUGGUUCUCCAGAUGCUGCGAGGACUCCCCGAUGACCUACAGGCACAAACCUCGUUUCUCCAGUUCAAGGAUCCCAUGCCGAGUUUCCUCCAAGUACGAUCGGCCCUCCUCCUCUUCGAUCGGCAGCGAACUCCCCUGGGCGGAACCAGCAGCACGGCGCUGCUGGCAGAGCUAUUGCUUCCACCUACCGGAAAUGAUGGCCAGCCUUCCAAUAUUCCGGAUCUCUCACCAGGCGACAAUUCCGGAAAUGGAGACCCAGUUCCAACCCAUCCGGAAACACCAACAACUUCUGUUCUUCAACCAGAAGCUGAACUAGAUCAACCAGUCAAUCCCAAUCAACACAAUCUUCGUUGGUUAUGGGAUCAUCCUCCUCAACAAAUUAUUGGAGAUAUUCAAUCUGGCAAUCGCACAAGGAGUGCCCAACAGAAUCUAGAAGCUAUGCUUGCUUGUUUCAUCUCACAAAAGGACCCUCAGAGGAUGAUUCAAGUCAUCAAGCCCACUGUUGGAAGGACCAAGGUGAAGAUCUCACAAAAGAAAUUGGGAGGAAAGCUUCACCUUCCCAAUUCUGGAGUUGAAAUUGGGAAAUUUCCAGUCAAAAAUCUGGACUGGAAUAUUAUUGGAAUUUCUGUGCAAGCUCCCUCUGGCCCAGCGAAGAAAGCAGACAUGAACAACGACUACAAAUUUGUUCUGGAACUGGUCAUCGCUUGCCUCGAGUGUGGAAGUGGAGGUCAUGCUGAUGACAUCACCCAAGAGAGAGCCUUCAUCAUCAACGCUCUCAUUACCAAAAAAAAGGUAAACUGGGCUGCACAUUUCUUCAAAUCCAUCUCAAAGCAUCUGGGAAAGCCAAACCAGAAGUACCUCUGUCAAGGUCUACACCUUGGGUACAUCUUGGAAUCUAUGGGUGCUGCAUCUAAAGGGAAGAAGUAUGAAGAAAGAUAUUGGCUAUACUAUCUGUCUUCCAAAGGGGAAAACAGAGCUGGUGCUAGUGCUGCUGCAGAGGAAAGCUCUUCAGACAAUGUCCCACUCAUCAAUCUGACGAAAACUGCCAAAAGGAAGCAAGUGGUGUCUCCCUCUCUCAGUGCCGAAGCACCACAUAACCUUGCUCCAGUGAAUCUUGAAGAAGAAGAAGUCUCUGUCCAAGGAGAACUUCAAAGGAAGAAGAAGAGGAAAAUCACCUCUCCCUCAACAUCUGGAAAUGUCAACCCGGAUGAGUUGAAGGAGAAGGAACCUGCUGAGGAAACCUCUGCCCACAAUCAGAAUGAUGCUGAUAACCAAUUCUGGAAUAUCUACUACGAUUGGAGAACCUGGAAGGUUGGAAAUUCAGCUGAACAAUUGUUGGGAUGGGACCAACAACUGAAGAAUGAGAAAAUCAUCAAGAAAUGCUUAGGACUGCCAGUCAAUCACUACUGUGAACAAAUUCUGGAUUCUGACUCGGUGUGGCAAAGGAACUAUGAAGAUUUGCAUCUAGAACACUUGGCCACCACACCAGCUUCAGAAUUUGAAGUGUAUGAUGAGGAUCCUGCAGUCUUCAAGCCAAUCUUCUCAAAAGUCACAGAAAAUCAAGUGAUUCUCACUUCUGAAGCACAGGCUGACUUGGAAGCAACAACUGAGGAUUUCCCAGUCUUUCUGGAAACCUUACCUGCCCUGAAAACAGUUCUACCUGAAGCUGUCCAGGAGAAUGCAGCCUCUCCUCCACAAGGACAGGACCAAGAAGCAGCAGAAGAAGAACUUCAACAACUCCUCCAAUCUCAAGUUCUUGAGAUUCUCACAACCUCCCGUGAGAUCUCCAACCACCCUGAACGUGAGAUUGCAAGAAAGUUAGGAGAAAUUCUGGAGCAGUCCACUCCUCCAGAAACAAAUGAAGUCCAAGAGGAACAAGCUGUAGAAGUCCAAAGGAAUUCUGCAGAAGCUGAAAAGGAAAAUCAAAUGGAUGAAGUGGAGACCUAUGAAACUCCAGCAGCUGUUUUUGAAGAAAAGAGUGUAGCUGAAGAAAGAGACUACAUCUCUAGGGAUAUAUCAAAUUUUAUACUUGAUGAAGCAGAGGAAGAAUCUGAAAGGACACUGAAGAUCAGUGAGGAAGAAGAUGCUGAAUCUCUUCAUAUGCAACUCUGUCAAAGGACACCCUCUUCUCAUCAGCUUGCCUCUUUUAGGCAAGAGAUAGAGCAAAUGGAAGUUAGUUACAACAAGCUAAUAGAAAAAUCUGAAGAGAAACACUGCUCAGAUCUCAAGGAGAUAAGCAAAUCAGUGGAUAAGACUCUAGAGAUUAUUUCUCUAUUGAGUAACUCUGUGAGCUCAACUAUGGAAGCUUGUGCAUCAGAUUCUUAUCAACAACUCAAAGAGGUUAACAAAAUCAAAGAGCAAAUAGCUAGUGUUACAGUCGGUCUACAAAAGCAAAUGUCUCUUCUCCAAAUGGACAUCAGAUCAGCCCUUGCAGUGUCUUCAGCAAAUCAAGUGGUAACCAAAGAUUACUUGAAGGUUAUUAUUGAGAAUCAAAAGGAAGCAUUCAGACUGUUCAGACACCUUAGCACACACUCUGGCAACCGCAAAAUGGAAGUGAUUCUCCAACAACACAGCCCAUCAUUGAUUCUAGAGCUCCCUAUUGCAGUCAAGGAAGGAGAAAUCUCCUAUAUUCCUUCGCAUCUGAACAUGACUGACCUAAUCCUUGAAGCUCAGAGAAAAAAUCCGGAAAACUCAGCACAUCAUCUAUCCAGCUCAGGACUGGAUGGAACAGAGGCUGUAGGAGCAAUUGCCUCCCACUUCUCAAAUGAUGCCCAAACUGAGGAGAGACUCAACAAUAUAAGGCGCAUCAGAGAACUGUGUGGAAAUAUGCAAGGCAUUGGUGAGAUUGCCAGAUCUUCAAAGCGCAAGAAGCACUAAAGGCUUUUUUCAUCAAAUCAGGGGGAAUGUAUGUGAAAACACUAUUUUGCUUUGAUGAAAACACCUUCUUGUUUAAACAUUGCUUGUUUGGUUUAAACAUUGCUUCAAUAUUUCUCUUAAUUAUGCUUGAUAAUAUUCAUCUUAAGUAUGAUUCAGAGAUUUAUUCAUGAGCACAUACAUUCAGGGGGAAUGUAAUUCAGGAGGAACUUAACUGUUUAUACAGGGGGAAUGUAAUUCAGGAGGAACUUAACUGUUUAUACAGGGGGAAUGUAAUUCAGGGGGAACUUAACUGUUUUUGGCUUACAAUUGUUUUUGGCAAUGAAUUAUUGAUGAACUC